UAUGGCCGAAGUCCUACUGUGUCUCUUCUUCGUGACUACUUUUCUGGGUUUUGUAGCUGGACAACAGACCAAGUGUUCUGUAUCUGUUGGUGCAUCACUCACAGCAACCCCCGGUGUCACACCAUGGCUUUCAUCUUCUGGUGACUUUGCCUUUGGGUUCCGACAACUUGAAGGGAACGAUAAUUUCUUAUUAUCCAUAUGGUAUGACAAGAUACCUGACAAAACCAUCAUCUGGUAUCCAGAAACAAAUGCUACUGUGUCUAGAGGAUCGAAAGUCGAGCUAAUUGAUCAGCGUGGGCUUGUACUCACUGAUCCUCAAGGCAGAGAAGUAUGGAGUACUUCCAGCUCUUUUUCUGAUCUUGCAUGUGGUUUUAUGAAUGAUACUGGUAACUUUGUGAUUCUUGGCAAUAAUUCUGGCAAGAUAUGGGAGAGUUUUAGUUAUCCAGCAGAUACCCUAUUGCCUACUCAGGUUAUGGAGAUACGUGGACAGAUCAAUUCGAAAAAAAACAAAACAAACUUCUCUCGUGGAAGAUUCCAAUUACGUAUGGUAACAAAUGGGAAUCUUGUUCUUAAUAUUCGAGAUAUAUUUUCCAAUUUCCCUCUUAAUCCUUACUAUGUAAGUGGAACUUCAGAUGCCGGCAAUUCAACAAAUUCUGGUUACCAAUUGAGCUUUGAUGCAACGGGAUACAUGUAUAUAUUGAGAAGAAAUGGCCAAAAAUAUGAUCUUACUCGAAGAGACGCACUUCCUUCUGGAGAUUAUUAUCACAGAGCUACUCUAGAUCCUGAUGGGCUUUUUACUCAAUACUACCACCCCAAGAAUCCCACUGGAAAUGCAAGUUGGGCAGUUAUAUGGUCUGAGCCAAAAGAAAUAUGUUUUAGUGGGGAUAUAGGUAGCGGAGCUUGUGGGCUUAACAACGUUUGCAGCCUUGAUGGUAACCGGCCAAAGUGUGAAUGCCCACAGGGGUUUUCGUUGCUUGAUUCCAAUGAUCCAAAUGGUGACUGCGACCAUGAUAUCAGUCCAAGAUGUGAUGAAGGUUAUGGGGGAGAUCUGUUUGAUUUCAUCGAGCUCAAUAAUACUGAUUGGUCAGGAUCUGACUAUGCACAUAUCAGACCAAGUAAUGAAGAAAACUGCAAACUUUCUUGCAGGGAAGAUUGUUUCUGUGCUGUUGCGAUUUUCCGGGACGACCAAUGUUGGAAGAAGGCAAUUCCUCUCUCCCAUGGAAAGAAGACUUCAGAAUAUGUGAAGGCAUUCCUGAAAUACCAGAAAGAUGAACGUCCUCCUCAAUGCCCUCCUUGGAUUUUAAAAGAAAAAGAUCAGAGAAGCCUGGUACUUGUUGGAUCAGUUCUUUUAGAGCUAGUCGAAGCUACUAAUGGGUUCAAGGAUGAACUGGGAAAGGGGGCUUUCGGGAUAGUCUAUAAAGGCGUAAUAGGGACAAACAUCGUGGCAGUAAAGAAGUUGGAUAGAGUGGUUGAAGAUGGCGAGAAGGAAUUCAAGACGGAAGUUAACGUCAUUGCAAGGACUCAUCACAAAAAUUUGGUGCAGCUUCUUGGGUAUUGUGAUGAUGGUGAGCAACGCCUAUUGGUUUACGAGUAUAUGAACAAUGGCACUCUCGCAGCCUUUCUUUUCAAAGACGUGAAGCCAAGUUGGAAAGAAAGGAGUUAUAUUGGUGUAGGCAUAGCAAAGGGACUCGCAUACCUCCAUGAAGAGUGUAGCACACAGAUCAUCCACUGUGACAUAAAGCCUCAAAAUAUUCUUCUUGACGAUUACUACAAUGCUAAGAUWUCWGAUUUUGGAUUGGCAAAGCUUUURUUGAUGAAUCAAAGUCGAACAAAUACUGGAAUAAGAGGAACGAAAGGAUAUGUUGCUCCAGAAUGGUUUAGGAACACCCCCGUCACUGUGAAGGUUGAUGUAUUCAGCUAUGGCGUGUURCUAUUAGAGAUCAUUUCAUGUCAAAAGAGUGUGGUUUUUGACAGUGAUAAGGAAGAUGUGGAAGUUUUAACUGAUUGGGCAUGGGAUUGCUAUCAUGAAGGUAGAGUGGAUGCAUUUGUUGAGGAUGAUAUGGAGGGGUUAGAUGACUUGGAGAGAGUAAUAACAUUUGUGAAGGUUGGUCUAUGGUGUGUACAAGAAAACCCUUGUUUGAGGCCAACCAUGAGGAAGGUAGUCCAGAUGCUUGAAGACCUUGAAGUGACAGAUCCUCCAUGUCCAUACCCUCUAUUUGGUACCUCCAUCUAAUUAUCAAAUAGCUCUGCCAUUAAUGUGAUGGUAACUUGUUCUAUAUAUUAAUUGUUUCCUACUGUUAGUUGUAAAAAAUAAUUCGAUCUAUAUAGUUUAAU